GUUCAGGUCGGUCAAUCGUUCAGGUCAGAUGUCAGUGCAAAUAGGUAAAAAGGGAAGUAAAACUAAAAGUAAACAAAGGUUAUAAACAAGGUUGGAAGAUUUACGUCACGUAUUUCCUGUUCUUUACAAAUACAUAUCAUUUCUACAAAUGAUUUUUUUUUGCUGGUAAAUUGUCAGCCCAUGAAAAUGUAAUCUGUUCUUGGAUAUCGUCCUACAUGUAGUAUCUCUAGUCACCUUUAUGGAAAUCCAGGAUUCUAACUUGAUCGUCCUCUUCAAAUCUGGAACAACAGAUAACAGUGACCCUUACUUAAAGUUAUUGGAAAAACAUGGCUUCAAGGGUCACUGCAUCCCCAUCCUAGAUUUCAACUUCAUUAACCUUGUCCAGUAUGGUCAGCUACUGAAGAAACUGGACAAAUAUCUGGCCAUCGUGUUCACUAGUCCCCGGGCCGUGCAGGCGACGCAGAUGGUCCUUAGUUCAGUGGACAUCCCAAUGAGCUUCAUUAAGAAAGUGAAAUGUUAUACAGUGGGAAAGGCUACUGCCCAAGCAGCCAAGAAACUGGGUUUUGAUCCAUCAGGGGAAUGUUCUGGCAAUGCAGAACUCUUGUCACAGUUUAUUGUUCAAGAAAAUAAGUGUGCUGAGAACCGAGAGGUGCUGUUUCCCUGCGGUAAUCUGUGUAGAGAUGUAAUACGAGAAACGCUGACAGCUCACAGCCAGUGUAAAAUUUUCCGUUUGGAAGAAAUAAAAGUUUAUGAAACAAUAGCCAAAGAAGAUAUAUAUGAUGAACUGUUUAGGAUCACCCAGAGCAAGGUGCCUAUACAUGCCAUAGUGAUGUUUAGUCCCUCUGGUGUUCCCGUACUUAUCAACACAAUAAGAAAGUGUCCACAGCUGUCAUUACACUCAGUCAAGAUUCUGGCAGUUGGACCAACAACGGAGAGUGAACUACAGAAGCACAAUAUGCCAGUGUACGCCACCCUCCGUCGUCCCGACCCCCAGAGUCUGAUAGAGUGCCUACAGAAGUGAGGAAACCCCACCACCCCCGACAAAGAAUGGAGCCAUGUCUUUCAAUGGUUUAAUCUUAGUGCUAUUGCCAUAUUGUAUUAAUAUAUAGUCAUGCAUUUAAUACGAACAUUGGCGAAGUGUACAUAGAAAAUCGACAUUUGUGCUCAAAAAUCACAUGAUUGCGGCCAUGUUUUUCUUUUUAAUCACCCUUCAUAUUUUUUUUAAACUUUUUAAUCAUGUUUUAUAUUUUUUUUCUUGGUUUUGGUGGGAUUUUUGAGAAAAAGUGGCUUUUUUUCAAUUGUAAGUUUUGUACGUAUUUCCAAUUCACUUCAUUUUGUGACGGUCUAAGUCAAAACUGUUUAUUUAAUUUUAUGGGUUUUGGGGUUUUAAAAUUUUCUUUGAAAUAGUCCCACAUCAGAGUAAUUGCACAACAAAAAACACAUCUUUUAGGAGGCAUAUUUAUGUAUGCAGCAUAUUGUUUCUUGAAUUUUAAGUGUUACAAUGUAUGUGCUAAACUUAAAGAUAUUAGGGCAGCAAACUGUGCAAGAAUUAUAGUUUUUGAUAAGUUUAAUUUGUGCCAAUAUUAUUAUACAUAUUUUUUUUUUGAAUAUAACAGUGUUUAUUUAUUCGUUUUAUAUGUUAAUUGUUCAUCCUAAAAGUCUUUUUUUUCAAAAUUUGUUUCAAAAGGAAAUAAAAGGGGCAUCUUAAUUUGCCUCAUCCUUGGUCCCUAAAAAUUUUCUUAUUACUAUUUUCAUUUUUGCCAGCGUAAAAUUUUACUUAGUAUAUGUAUUUCCUGUUCCUGUUUUUUUUUUAAUCAUUUCUUUAUCUAUUUGAUGUUACUACCUGAACAGAAUAAUUUCUUAAUAUUUCAUGAUCCGCCACUGGUAUAUGCAUGUUGAGCUGCUGUUCUGGUUUAUACACAAUACGUCUAUGAUGGACAUGCGUCUCAAAUCGUUGAUGUAAAAAUAAAGUUGCUUGUAUUCGUUCCGGUAAUUUGUUAUCUGUGUGCCACGUACACUUUUUUGUUUUAGAAAUUAAUUUAUGAAUAAAACGCAAAAAAUUCAA